GCAGGAGAUACGCUAAACGCAAGGCAAGCGCGAGCGUUUUUUGAGUAAUACUAUAUUUAAUUUUUUUUUUUCGCGGUCUAGUAUUCCAGUUGGUGCUUUGCGACACACGUUUCUCCAGCCGGACGCCAAGAACAAACGCGAUGCGGAACGACGUGUCCGUGAAGAGAGAAACAGAUCCCGGUCAUAAGGUCGCCGUGAACGUGUCGUCCAAGCAGAACAUAACGGGCGGGAAAGGCGAGGCCGACUUGGGGACCGAGGAGGAAGAGGACGACGAGGGCACCAGGAAGUCCAGGAAGGAGAAAAGAAAGAAGAAGAAGAAAAAGAAGAAGCAGAGGGAGUAUGAAAGCUCCACGAGCUCGGACGGAGACGAGAGCGACACGGACCGGGCAAAGUCCAAGAAGAAAGCGACCGCGGGUGUCAGCACCAGAAUCAACAUCUUCACCGGGACUCAGGGACCUCCGGGCAUCGCGAUGCAGAGUGGCGUGUCCGGCCCGAACGUACUGUCUAGCGCAGGGGGAGCGCUUCCAGUCAUCCAGCAGCAGGUACCCAUGCUUCCCAUGAUACAGGAGGUGCUGUCUGCGCCGAAGAAGAACAGGAGCAAGCGAUCGACGAAGUCGGCCAAGUCGAAGAGCUCCCAGGGAGAAGCCGGCAGGCAGAGUGCCCCGGGGAUGCCGGCCGUGAUACCGCCUGCCAUGGCGGGCCUCGUUUCCGGUCCGGAUGGUCAGGACGUGCUGGUGAUCCCGAUGCCGCCUGGCAUGAAAUUGCCGCCGUUCGGUGCAGGAACAGAUCAGAUUUUCGGUGCCGGCUUUCCAUUUGCCGACGGUCAACAGCAGCAGCCCAAGAAGAAGAAGAAAAAGAGCAUUGAUGCUGCUGAAGGUGCCUCCCGUAAUGCCGCUUCCAACACAGCUGUCGACGAACAGGGCCAGCAGGCCGUAGCAGGUACGGGUCGCCCGGCACCAGACGCCAUCGCAGGUUUUGGACCUAUCGUGGACGAAGCGAUGGUCGAAGCAGCGUUGCAGCCAAUCCAGGCGGCGUCGUCAGAAUCACGAGUAGGAAACGCUAAACAGGAAGCAAGGGAGCCCUCUCCUUCGGAUGCCAUGCCCGAAGGACGUGAACGGCAGUCAAGCGCGGUGCCAUCGCACUCUGCCCUAGAGCCCAAGAAGACCAUGUCGAGCGAGGACGACACUAACACCAUGGCGCUGCUCAUAUUCGCUGCCGUCAUCGGCAUCAUCGUCAUCGUGAUCAUUGUCUUCAUCGUCGCCACGGCCGGCACAUCUUCGGGAACAAGUGUGGCAGCCACAACGCUACACCAUGACGCAUAUGGCUCCGGAUCCGGCACGGCUGAACCAGCCUUUCGAGGACGUCGCCACACUGUUCGCAGACAUCCCCGUCCGCACAAGAGAUACAUAGGUCCGCUACGCCGCUUCAACCGACCAGCAGAGGCAUACUGGAACAUCAAGUGACGACGGCUGCUACGUGGGCGUUCAUUCGGAAAUCUUGUAUGCCUCGUGUUGCUCCAAAACUUCAGAGACAUUUAUGUCAAAGGAGUAUGAAUGUAAUUCCACAUGGAAUAAAACUUCUUUUUUUUUUCA